UCCACAUUCUCAAGUACUAGUAAAGUUGUUUACUUACGCUUUCCAAGCUUUUUGAGAUCUUCCUCGUCUUCCCUUCCAGAAGCACACAUCCAUCACAAAACCAUGGCUAUCCGCCUUCCUCGUGUUGUUAGCGCUAAGAAAGUUCCCAAGGGCUACUUUGCAGUUUAUGUUGGAGAAAACCUGAAGAGGUUUGUGAUACCAGUGUCAUUCUUGAACCAGCCUUCUUUUCAAGAUCUUCUCGCCUUAUCAGAAGAAGAGUUCGGCUAUAGUCAUCCAACUGGCGGUCUUAGAAUUCCCUGUGAUGAAGACCUCUUUCUUGAUGUCACCUCUCGCUUGAAUUGAUUACCGGAGAAUUAACACUAAUUAGCCUAUACAAUUUUGUAGAGCAAGCUAAUACCAUGUAAACAAAACUUUUUUUCCAUCCUUUUUGCCCUGGGGAGCAGUUAUAAUUCUCCCUAAGUGGAAAAUUAGAGAUGGUGUUACUGUAACUUCAACCAAACCGUUCAAUCAAUUGGGAAAAUGACAGUAUAAAAAGCAUG